UAGGAGGGGCCGCGCCGUCUCAGUGUAACGGCCAUGUCGGGCUUCGUUCGGGAGCUGGAGCUCCGUUCGGGCCCGUCGCUGCGGCUGUUGCAGCGCUCUGGCGGGGUGGGCUGCGUGGUGUGGGACGCGGCGCUGGUGCUCGCCAAGUUCCUGGAGACCGGCUCGUUCCCGCUGUCCCGCCGGGCCGUGCUGGAGCUGGGUUCUGGUACCGGCGCCGUGGGCAUCAUGGCGGCCACGCUGGGGGCCGACGUGACGCUGACCGACCUGCAGGAGCUGCAGGAGCUGCUGGCCGUGAAUAUCGACAACAACCGGCACCUGGUGACGGGGUCGGUGCGAGCCGAGGUACUGAAAUGGGGGCAGGACGUGUCCGGGUUCCGCCCGCCGCCAGAUUACAUCCUUAUGGCGGACUGCAUCUACUACGAGGAGUCCCUGGAGCCGCUGCUGAAGACUCUGCGGGAGCUGACGGGCCCCGAUACGUGUGUGCUGUGCUGCUACGAACAGAGAACCGAGGGGAGGAACCCGGAGAUUGAGAGGAGGUACUUGGAGCUGCUUCAGGUGGACUUUGAGCUGGAGCGAGUGCCCCUGGAUCAGCACGACGAGCAGUUCCGCAGCGAGGACAUCCACAUCCUGAGCAUCCGCAGGAAAACAAAGAAUUCCCCGUUGUGAGCUGUGUGUCGGCACUGCCCGUCCUUUGGCAGCUGGCUGGGACCCUGCUGAGGAGGGAACCCCACCAAGGACAGGCCUGCAGUGUUGGUGAUGUAGAAGUGUCAGGUUGGGCCGUGUGCCCCCCGUGCACCUUUCCAAUAGGAAGGACACGCUGCCUGCAGGCUCAGGCAGGGUGGGAUGGGCUCACCAUGCAGUGCUGCUGUGUGCUCCCAUAGGCAGCACUGCCCGAGGAGAGGACACACCUGGGGCACAGCUGAGCCCCGAGGGCCACUCAAUAAAACUUUUCUAUGUGAGGUGA